AAGUCCUCCGUACUGGAAGUCUUCGCGCCUUAGCGCCUUCGUGCCUUUGUGCGGUUGUUUGGUUGCAGCUCUGCUGCUUUUUGAACCAGUCCGUGCUUCCUCUUGUGUCCUGGUUUCAGCCUGCUGAUACUGUACUUACCUCUUUAGCCAGUCCGCCCUUACACGUGAACCGGUCGGUAACUCCUGUGAGCUUUUAGGGUGCACGCCUCUUGUCAUGCUGAGGUGUGGCGUGGUGGCUGAAAAAAUAGGUGCACCCUCCUUGGCUGAACGGCGUGCGAAGUAAGGUGGUUAGAGUUUGGAUUAGAAACUUUCGGCGGUGGUUAGAGUUAACAUUCAGCGGAGAUGGCGGAGGAGGAUGAGUUUGCAUUGGACGAUCAGGAGAUGGUGGAUUUCGACGCGUCGGAUUACGAGCUGGAUUCCGAGGAUCUGGACGGUCAGGAUGAGGAGGUGGAGGAGGCUGGGAAGGGAAGCACAGUAGAGUUAGAAGCCACUUCGCUACCAGCCGCCAGGGAUUUUAAUCCGGCUAAGAUUGCCACGGGAGAGGCGACGGGAGAGGCGACGGCUGACGUGGAGAAUAUCAAGGAUUCGACGGCGGAUGCGAGAAUUCAUCGUGCAGGGACGCCAGAUGGGCGGGAGGAUGCGACGGACAGGCAGGAGCAGGAGCCGAUGGGAACGGCGACGAAGACCCAGACGAUGCAGCGUGGCCUGGACCCCAUGCAGCAGCCACGCGGGAAGCCGGAGGUUCGUCCCGAUGCGAUUUUCGACUCGUCGUCAGGCGGCGGGCAGCGGAACACCAUGGGAGCUGAGGGAUCUGGGGGAACCGCGACGGGUGUGGAAGCCAAGAGAUGUGUUCCUGUUUCUGAUGCGGGUGGCGGUCUGGGUGGCGGUGCGGGUGGCGGCAAGGGUGGCGGCAAGGGUUUUGAGCGGUCAGGAGAGUGGGAGGAUGGAGAACUCCACGAAGCCGCUGAUUCCGCCGUCGAUUUCGGCGCUGAUUGCGGACCUGCUGACACGGUGAAUAACUGGGAAGCCCAAGCCCAUCCACCUGCCGCGCCUAGCUCUAUUUUUUAGUCGACUCAAAACAUACAUGGAUAUAAAGACACGGUGAUUAACAUGGGAGCCCAUCCACCUGCCUCACCUAGUUCUCGUCUUCCUUCAGCCUUGCUCCGCCGACCCUUCUCUGACCCUCUCACCGUCUGACCGUCAAUCGCACAGAUACCGCUUGACCUUUCCGUCACUGGGAGCAUACUAUCCGUCAGCAUACUUUCCGUCAGCGUACUUUCCGUCAGCGUACUUUCCGUCACCGCGUAGCAAACUUUCCGUCAGCGUACUUUCCGUCGCCGCGUAGCAAACUUUCCGUCAGCGUACUUUUCGUCACCGUAUAUGUUUCUUUCGGGAACAGUGUUGCGUACCUCUUAAGGCAGUGCAGCGCGUUUUUUCUAGCAGUAAGACGUCUAUCCCGACACGCUAUAGCGUUUGUUUCGACACAGCCUUAAAUUGUCUCGUGCGUGAGCUUCAAGCGCCACAGCCGGCGACUACGGAGGGAGUGCGAUAUAGAGCGCGACAGAGCACGCGACAUAGUAUGACUGUAGAACGGUUUAGCAGCGUUUUUCUGACUGUAGAACGGGCGUUUUUCUACCGACGAAGCACAGCUGCUGUUCUGGUCCCGCGUCUUAUCACAGAGGGGGGACCCCCACUAACGCUCCCCAUGGUUACACAAGAAGUUACGGAGAUUGAGCGGAGAUUGAGCGGAGAUUGAGUGGAGAUUGAGUGGAGAUUGAGUGGAGAUUGAGAGGAGAUUGAUUGGAGAUUGAGCGGAGAUUGAGCGGAGAUUGAGUGGAGAUUGAGUGGAGAUUGAGUGGAGAUUGAGUGGAGAUUGAGCGUGUGAGCAUAAGUCGUGAUUCUAAG